AUGUCACGUCACCCUAAAGGUUAUUCUGGAAAUUUUUUGCUUGCUUUGAAUUUUCUUGCCGCUAGGAAUGUCUGCUCAGCUGCUUUGACUGCUCCAGAAGAGAAAAUCUAUAGCAAUGUGAAUCCAUUUCUUAGCCCUAUAGCAUUGUCAAUCCAUUUCUUAGCCGCUCAUUCUGAUGUGUCUUUUUGGUUGAAUAUAUUGGUUGAGCUAUGGAGUGAUAACUAUUUCUCUCAGGGCCAGGAAUUAUCUGAAGUUGAGGGGUCAGCUGCUAAGUGUUUUCCCAGCAGUUCCUUUCCUACCCAUUGGAAGGACAGCAGGUUCCAUCCUUGGGCAAUGCUUAUGGUUGUUUUUAAAGUCAUCACUCCUGAGCAAGCAUAUUCUGCCAUCUACCUCUCUGUUCUAGGCCUUCUCUUUGGAACCAUAGUUGUAGGCAUCUAUCUUGAAAGAGCAGACAUGUUCAAGUACUUGGGAAUAUUGUUCUCAUGGAGGAGUUGGGAUGCAAAAGACUUGCCUGCCUUGCAAAACAAGAUUCGACCUGAUCCUUUCUUGCUUGGGUUAGCUUCAAGUUUGAGUAUUGGAUCCUCUACAACUCCUAUUGGCAACCCUCAAAACUUGAUAAUUGCUAUUCAAAAUGGCAUCUCUUUUUGGGGGGUUCGUAUUGGGACUUCUUCCGGCAAUGCUUGGUUUGUUAAGGAAGAAAAAAAUGCUUUGGAUGAAACGAUUCCCGAGGAAGAUGCAGCUGUUCAUCGGAUUUCACCUGCAAACAUAGAUUCCAGUGGUGAAAUUGAGCAGAAGAAAUCAAUUGUUUCAGAGAAGGCGGCAACCGAUGAUAUGUUUUCUGAAAUAGUAGAGGAAAUGAAGGAAAGGUUCACAAGGGGUGGAGUGCAAGGGACUAUGGAAAUAAUGACUGAUAUAGGGUCUGGGCCGCAACAGUCCACUGAAGAAAGGAAAGACCAGCUGAAAAGAUGGGAAGAGAUUGUUACGGAAGUUGUGUGUUUACCUUGUUACUGUGGAAUGCUGGUUGCUUUUCUAAUGGGUUUGAACCUGUCUUGGACUGCACGCACAGCAGCAGUUAUUUUUGUGGUUCUUGAUUUCAAAGAUUCUGGGCCUUGCCUAGAGAAGGUUUCAUACUUUCUCUUGGUAUUCUUUUGUGGAACGUUUAUCAGAGUUGAUGGCUUCAACAGAACAAGAAUAACUAGCAGUCUCUGGAAUUUACUGGAGCCUCAUGCACGAAACAAUCAUGCUGCUGGGAUUGCUGUGCUGGCCCUUGUAAUACUCGUUCUCUCAAAUGUUGCUUCAAAUGUCCCAACUGGUCAAUCUUCCUUCUUACCAAAUUCAUUUUAA